AUGUUUACUAGGCCAGAACAUGUGGACACCAAGAAGUCAGAAGUAGCUAGCGGAAUGAAGUUUAUUCAGCGUAUUCAGCAGAUUCAUGAAAAAGUACGUGAAAAUCUUGAGAAAACACAAGCACAGUACAAGCAACGACAUGAUAAACAUCGAACUGAACAUACUUUUCAGGUUGGUGAUCUUGUCUGGUUAGCUAUUGGGAAAACUCGUUUACAAGGGCCGCAUAGGAAGUUGAAACCUAUACGCUAUGGUCCUUUUCGAAUUUUGGAACAAUACGACACUAAUGCUUUUAAGCUAGAACUGCCAAGCUAUAUGCAGAUACACUCUACAGCAAAUGCCGAGAAUCUUAAGCUUUUUGAACCUUCGUUACUUGACGAGCGAAAUGAGUCGCCAUUGUUACCAGUUGUGCAAGACUUAAUUCCCAGUGAAGUAGCAACAGAAGAUAUGGUUCUUAGCAAGAAGACACGGAUGUAUAGAGUGGGAGAACAAGAGUUAUUCCAAGUCUUCCUUAAGGGGAAAAUUUUUAAGCAUGCAAAGUGGUACUCAAGAGAGAAGCUGCAAGCUAAAUAUCCCCACCUCUUGGUUCAAUGCUUUUGA